AUGUACGGACAGCCACCGCACUUCAGCCGUCGUGGUGGCGGCCGAGGGCAACCUCCGCUGCAACAACCACCACAGCCACUUCUCAACCCUAGUUACCUUCUAAACAACAACUACUACCUCCAAACUCCAAACUUUCCAAUCCUCCAUCCGAAUUUCCCCAUUGAAAACCCCAAUUUUCUCCCCCAAAGCAUUAACUUCCCAAUUGAAAGCCCAAACCUCCAUAGCCAAAACCUUAACUUCACCCCUCAUAAUCAGUUCCCCAAUAAUAGAGUGACACCGCAUAAUGGAACUAUUGAGAAGAUUGAUAAAGCCGUUGUAAAGGCACGCCGUGAGCUCAUAGCCGCCGGAGAAAAUGUGUCGGCGUUGAAGGUGUCACAGGCUGCCCUUGUAGUACUUCAAGCUGAUUCAUGGGAUUCAUUAGGGGUUCAAAUGCAACAUGUGCCAUCUCUAUAUCGCCUCAUGCUGACAGAAGGGAAGAUAAAUGCAUUCAUCCAUUGCUUUGUUGAGGUCUGGAAGAUUACGACCUUAUUCGAUUUAGAGACUGCAAUAUGCAAGAAUGAGGGUGUUCAGGGGUUUGAAGAGCUUGAGUUGGGACCCUUUAUCCGGCAUCCUCUUAUAAAUCAUUACUUUUGUGUGAGUUCUGAUUCGGCUGGAGUAUUCAAAAUAUCGAGCAAAGAGAUAAUUUCUUUUCUUGUUGAAUUUAUGGACGCACAUAAAGGCGAAGAGGUUAAGGCUGAUGAAUUGUUGGAUUUUAUUGCUAAAAAGCGAUCAGUUGAUAGCAAGGAAAUGCUUCAUGUACGUAUCCAAAGCUUGGGGAUGCAUAUUGCUCUAAUUCGGCAAGCAAGGCCAUUGGAAAAUGCCACAUUAAAGAAAUGUCGCUUGACUGCUGAUAAACAUAGGAAACGUCCUCUUUUCAUGUCACAGAAAAAGCAGUUGGAUGAAAAUUUUGGUAACAUAUCCGAGUGCAUCAAGUCAUUUUCUUCCGGGCACAACAAGCACAUACGAUUUAUAUCUUCAAGUUCGGGUGACGAUGACGAUGACAUCGAAAGUGAUGGCACAGAGGAUGGAACUUGUUUGAGUAAUUAUAGCAAAAACUCAUCUCAGAGUAUGAAAAGUUCUGAUCGAUUUAGUAGUUGUCCUUAUCCUUCUGCAAGUGAGGAGAUGACACGACUUGGAAUAUCAAGUGGGAAGGAAGAGAGUCCUUCACUUGAUAGGUUAAAUUGCAACGAGGGUGUAAAAAAGUUGAACAAAAAGAGGAAAUCGGAUGCAAUAGACUGCAAAUCUAUUGCCCGCAACAAAUCGUCCAAAAGGGAUGAUGUUGGACAGGAUUCCGUGGACAACAAAAGCAGUAAUAGGUUUAGCCAUGGACAUGUAGCUGAUAUGUCACUAAGCGAUGAUUCUAUGAUGACGUUCAUUACUUUGUGGAAGGAGGCAUGCAAAAGGAAGAACACAUCUGAGGUACUCAAUCAGAUGUUCCAGUUCUACAAAUCUCCUUGUGGAUCAAAGAUGCAGAGAAAAUUGGUUCAGAAAAUUUACCAGUCCCACCCUUUAAUCGGAUUAACAAAUGUUGCGGUAAAAUCUAUUAAACAUGGAAUGUGGGAUAGCAUGUAUGACAGUUUUCAAACUUUUGAGCAACAAGAAGAACCUUUCACAGCUUCAGAGGGUCAUAUUGAUAAUGGAAGGAUAGAAACAGAACAUGCUGAUAGUCGGCUUGUCAGUAAUCAUGUCUCAAAACAACAUUGUGAAGUUAGUCUUGAAGAUAUAUUGAAGAAAGUUUCUGAAUUCUUUGAAGAUAAUCAUGAUGUUUUCGGUGAUUUCAGUUCCUCUCACUUGAUCUUCCUUAGAAGUGUUCACAAGUGUGAGGUAUGGCUUACCGAGCAGUUUGUUGUUGAAAACUUUAAGUGCUUUGGAUAUGGUGAUUUUGUAGCAUUUCUUGAAAGUAAUGUUUCUGUGUUACCUCCUUCAUUCCAAAAGUACUUUGUGACUGAUGGGACACAUGAUAAGCCAUCUUUAGAGGCUUGCAUAUCCCCACAGCUAUUGGAUGUGCUAGUAGCACAAGCCUCGUAUAGCUUAUUAGAAACCGAAAAUUUAAGCACUCAGAAUGUUGUCGAGUUGCUUACGAGGCAAUUCCCGUUAAUACCUUUCAAGUUAGUUAAAGAAGGUUCUCAAAAAGCCCUUGAGGAUGUUGUAAAGGCCAACAAAGGCAAUCUGGUUUCUAAAGGUGUACUAUUUUCAGCCGCUCUAUUAGUGCCUCGUAAUGUGAACGGUUCCUUGGAAACAUGUAUUUCUUCUAAGGAUGCAAUUGAAGUCUUACUUAAGGCUCCGAUGUUGACAGAUUUGAAUAUAUGGUCACAUUGGGACCUUAAGUUUGCCCCUUCUCUUGGCCCUCUUACUGUAUGGCUAUUAAACGAGAUGAAUGCCAAGGAACUGCUUUGCUUGGUUACUAGGAGUGGGAAUGUGAUACGCAUUGAUCAUACGGCGACCGUUGAUUCAUUUUUAGAAGGUUUCAUUCAAGGGUCUUCUUUCCAAACAGCCGUAAAUCUGAUCUCCCUGUUUGCACUGUAUGGCGGUGAAAGGAAUGUUCCCUCGUCCCUUCUAAGGUGCCAUGCGGAAAAGGCCUUCAAAGUUAUCGUGAAGAAUUCUAUCAAUAAUGGGGUGAAGGAUCAUCGGAAUCAUCAGAAUCAUCUAAUGAACGAUUUGUCCAAUGAGAAAAGCCGACUCAAUGAUGGGACAUCAAGUGCAUCAAAAUUUAUUCUGGAUUGUCUGACUUAUCUACCCGUAGAAUUUCGUUGCUUUGCCACUGAUUUGUUGCUUUCAGGGUUUCGUUCCGCUGCCAAAGAUGCUCCUUCGGCCAUUUUAAGCCAGUGCAAACUUGUAGAACACCGUCUAAUGGUUCAUGAGUUAGGAUUGUCUCUUGGUAUAAUGGAGUGGAUUAAUGAUUACCAUACUUUUUCUUUUACUGAAUCCAUUAAGUCUUCUGAAUUUGAUCAAGAAAAGGACAUAUCAACCAGUUAUGCCCCUGCUGAAAAGAAAGGGAUGUUAUCUACAAAGAAUGAUGUGCAAAAAGAGGAACUUAAAGUAGUCAAUGUCAAUGGCAGAACCGUAAACUUUUCUGGUGAUAGAAGUGAUCUUAAUCACAAGCAACAUUCAGCUACAAGUAAUUGCGAAAAGGAAUCAGCCAUGAUUAUUGAAUCUAUUAGGAGAGAAGAAUUCGGGUUGGAUUCAGAUAUCUCGGCUAAGGAGGAUAGCAUUCUGAAGAAGCAACAUGCUCGCUUAGGACGAGCCUUACAUUGUCUUUCUCAAGAGUUAUAUUCUCAGGACUCUCAUUUUCUACUUGAACUCGUUCAAAAUGCCGAUGACAAUGUCUACCCUUGCAAUGUGGAGCCAACUCUGACCUUCAUUCUUCAGGAAACAGGGGUUAUAGUCUUGAAUAAUGAGCGGGGAUUUUCUGUUGAAAACAUUAAAGCACUUUGUGAUGUUGGCAAUUCAACAAAGAAGGAACCUAGUGCUGGAUAUAUUGGUAAAAAGGGGAUUGGCUUCAAAUCAGUAUUCCGGGUUACUGAUGCUCCGGAAAUCCAUUCUAAUGGGUUCCAUAUCAAGUUUGACAUAAGCGAUGGUCAAAUUGGUUUCGUUUUGCCAACGGUGGUUCCACCUUGUGACAUUGAUUUGUUUAGAAAGUUGGUUUCUGUGAAUAGUGAUCCAAUGGACGAGAAAUGUUGGAAUACGUGCAUCGUGCUUCCUUUCAGAUCAAAGAAAAACGAAGCCUUUUCAGUCGAGAACCUCAUUUCCAUGUUUUCUGAUCUCCAUCCAUCCCUGUUGCUCUUCCUUCACCGUCUUGAAUGUAUCAAGUUCAGAAAUCUUCUAAACGAUUCUCUCAUUGUCAUGAGGAAGGAAGUUGUUGGAGAUGGUAUUGUAAAUGUUUCUCUCGGGAAGGAGAAAAUGACUUGGUUUGUCAAAUCUCGUAAACUAAAAGCUGAUCAUAUCCGUCAGGAUGUCCAAACAACCGAAAUCUCAAUGGCACUUAUGUUGGAGGAUUCGAAUGGAAACUACAGCCCGAAACUGGACCACCAGCCGGUUUUUGCUUUUCUUCCUUUACGCAAUUAUGGUCUAAAAUUUAUCAUCCAAGCCGAUUUCAUUCUUCCUUCGUCAAGGGAGGAAGUCGACGGAGAUAGUCCAUGGAACCAGUGGCUGUUAUCGGAGUUUCCAAAUUUGUUUGUUGGUGCUGAGAUGUCGUUCUGUUGCCUUCCUUCUUUUAAGGAGAAUCCCGGAAAGGGUGUUUCAGCAUUUAUGAGCUUUGUUCCGCUUGGAGGGGAAGUGCAUGGAUUUUUUUCUUGCCUUCCACGUAUGAUUAUUUCUAAGUUGCGUAUUUCUAACUGUCUACUUCUAGAAGGUGACAGCAACGAGUGGGUGCCUCCAUGUAAAGUACUGCGAAAUUGGACGGAACAGAUUCGUUCCGUGUUGCCAGAUAUCUUGAUGAAGGAGCACCUUGGCGUUGGGUACUUGAAUAAAGAUACAAUAAUAUCGGACUCCUUGGCUCGGGCAUUGGGGAUUGAAGAGUGUGGACCAAGAAUUCUUCUUCAAAUUAUAACAUCCUUAUGUCGUAUGGGUUCUCUAAAAUCGAUGGGUCUCAGUUGGCUAUCGUCUUGGCUGAAUGUUUUGUAUCUGAUGUUGGUUAAUGUUUCUGAGCAUAGUUCGAUAGAUUGUGGAACUCAGUCCGAUAUUAUAAGUGCCCUUAGCCAAUUACCAUUUAUUCCUCUAAUGGAUGGUAAGUAUGCAUCAAUUCAUGAAGGUGCAAUUUGGUUGCAUACCGAUGCCCGAGUUGAUACCGAGCAUGGUCUUGAAGCUUUUGGGAAGUUGUAUCCCAAACUUCGAAUUGUUAGCCCUGCCCUUUUCAAUGAUUCUUCUGGUGUGGAAAAUGUAAACCAGAUGCUUUACAAAGUUGGAGUUCAGCGGUUAUCUGCACAUGAAGUCCUAAAAGUGCACAUCUUACCAGCAAUUAGCAAUGAAAAAGUUAUGGCAGAAAGUAAGGAAUUGAUGACCGAGUACCUUUCGUUUAUAAUGUUUCACCUAGAAUCACCUUGCCCCGAGUGUCUUGUAGACAGGGAGAACAUACUGUCACAGUUACGUAACAAUGCUUUUAUUUCUACAAAUCACGGGUACAAACGGCUUAUUGACGUGCCAAUUCAUUUUGGUAAAGACUUUGGUAAUCCAAUUGAUAUGAACAAGUUGGUUGGUGGCACUGAUAUGAAGUGGUUCGAGAUUGAUAGCAGCUAUCUUAAACACCCAGUCUACGCAUCCUCACCUGGAGGAACAUUGAAAUGGAGGAAAUUCUUGCAGGAAUUAGGAGUCACCGAUUUCGUACAGAUAGUUCAAGUUGAAAAGAAUAUUGCCGACAUACCUCAUACCGUUCUCAAGAAUAUGAUGUUAGAUGAUGAAUGUAUAUCCUCGGGAUCCAUCGUCAAAGACUGGGAUUCUCAAGAGCUAACACAUUUGUUGUCAAACGCUUCCUCAAAUGGCAAUAGGGAAAAGGGUAAAUACCUCUUGGAGGUACUUGAUACACUUUGGGAUGAAUAUUUUGGCGAUAAGCUUACAGGUUUCUGCAGUGUCAAUGGACAAUGCAAGCCUUUUAAAGCUUCUGUUAUAAGAAUCUUUCAUGGUAUUCAGUGGUUGGCUUCUAGUAUGGAUGAUCAACUUCACUUUUCUAAAGAUUUGUUCCAUAAAUGUGAGGCGGUGUGUGCGGUUCUUGGUGACACUGCACCAUAUGUUGUGCCAAAGGUUAACAAUGUGAAGUUGUUGAAUGAUAUUGGCUUGAAGAAUAUAGUUGCUCUUGAUGAUGCUUUAUCUGUUCUAGAAGCUUGGAGAGAAUAUGAGAAACCUUUCAGGGCCAGCAUAUCUCAAAUGUCCAAGUUCUACACAUAUAUAUGGAAUGAGAUGAACAACUCUAGGCAGAAGAUAGUGGAGAAUUUGCAUUCUCAAGCUUUCAUAUUUGUACCUUACUCGUUUGGCUCUGCGCAUGAAGUUGUAUCUGGUUUAUUCUUAUCUCCCCAUGAAGUAUUUUGGCAUGAUUCUACCAGUUCAAUGGAACAAAUGAAGUCGAUCCAUCCUCAGCAUGAUCGACAUAUAACCCAUCGUCCUUUCAGCAAGAUGUUAUGCAAUAUCUAUCCUAGCCUCCACUAUUUCUUUGUGAAUGAGUUCGGGGUAGCUGAGAAUCCUCCUCUACUUAGCUACCUUCAAUCAUUGCUGCAAUUAUCAUCUGGGAUUUUGCCAUCAGGGGCAGCUAAAACAGUUUUCCAAAUUUUUCAAAAAUGGGCUGAUGGAUUAGAAUAUGGGUUUUUGAGUUCUGAUGAUAUUGACUACUUGAAGAAGAGUAUGGAGGAAAAGGAAAUGACGGUACUUCCAACCGUGCAAGAUAAAUGGGUUUCCUUACAUCAAUCCUUCGGUCUUUUAUGUUGGUGCGACGAUGAGCAGCUAAGAAAGGAAUUCAAGAACUUGAGCAAUGUUGAUUUUCUAUGUUUUGGGGAGCUUAGUACUGAAGAAAAACAAAUGCUUCAGGAUAAGGUUUCUGUCCUAUUUCGGAGACUGGGAAUUCCUUCUCUUUCUGAGGUUGUGACUCGUGAAGCAAUAUAUUAUGGCCCGACAGAUAGUAGUUUCAAAACUUCAUUGGUAAGCUGGGCUCUCCCAUAUGCUCAGCGCUACAUUUACAACGUCCAUCCAAAUGAAUAUUCUGAACUCAAGCUAUCUGGAUUCAAGAAUAUAAAUUGUCUGCGAAUUGUUGUGGUGGAGAAGUUGUUCUACAAGAACGUUAUAAAGAGAUUUGGUAUUGAAUCUAAUAAGCGAUGUGAAUGCAGUUGUCUUCUUCAGGACCACAUCUUGUAUGCAACCCGUGAAUCUGAUACCCACUCGCUAUUUAUGGAACUUUCUCGUUUUCUAGUUGCUGGAAUUCCUGAAUUGCAUUUGGCAAAUUUCCUUCACAUGAUUACAACAAUGGCAGAAUCCGGUUCUACGGAGGACCAGAUGGAGUUCUUCAUUAUGAAUAGCCAAAAGCUUUUGAAGCUGCCAAAUGAAGAAUCACAGUGGUCUUUAGUAUCCAUGCCAUUGCCGGAAGAGGAUAAGGAUGCACCAACAACAAGCUUUGGUUUGUCAUUAGAUGAUGUAAAUCCACCUCCAAAGCCUACUGCUAAGAAGUUCGGAAAUAACUCAAGUUGGCCACCAGUGAACUGGAGAACUGCACCAGGGUUUGAAUCUGCUUUGAAGACGAAAGCAUUUACUCCUGCUCAAAUUAGAAGGGAUGUUACUGAGGGAUUAAUUGAGUGUGAUGGUGACUGGAUCAUCGAAGAAAAUCCAGCCUCAGCAAUACCUGCAGUUAUCUUGGAAGAAGAUGAAGUUGUAAAAGACCGAACAGAUUAUGGAAUCGAAAGGGAUCCUUCUGGUAUGAAUGUUGGCCAUCCAGGUAAUCAAAAGGAUAUAAUUUCUUCUGAUAUGAAUGCCGGAUCUUCUGCAAUAACCAGAUAUAAUGGCUCGAACGCUAGUUCAUUCAAUUCAAUCGAGAGAGAUCAGCUAUCUUGGGGCACAAUCACACCACAACAGGUGAUAACUGGGAGAACAGGAGAACUUGUGGCCUUCAAAUACUUCUCCAACAAAAUUGGUGAGAAAUAUGUGAGAUGGGUGAAUGAGGUUAAAGAAUCGGGACUGCCUUAUGAUAUUGUUGCUGAAGGUAAAGAUAAGAGCAAGGAAUACAUAGAAGUUAAAGCAACAUCAAAUGCAAGAAAAGAUUGGUUUGUUAUAAGUGUAAGAGAGUGGCAGUUUGCUGUUGAGAAAGGCGAAUCUUUUAGCAUUGCGCGUAUUGUCUUAUCAGAUGGAAAAUCGGCUCAGAUCACUACUUACAGAAAUCCAGCAAAAUUAUGCCAGUCGGGGCACCUUCAGCUAGCUAUUCUGUCGAAUAAAUCUUAAAAAAAUGCACCAUGGAUACAUACAUACUUGUAUAACUCUGGUCCAUGGAUGGUUUGCUUCCAUGCAUACAAAAAAUGAUGCACGUUUAUUAAGGCAUUUCUGGAAAAGAUGGCGCAAAAUGGUUCUUCAAAAGGCACUGAAAACGGCAUCUAGAGAUGGCACAAAAUGGUGUCGGUACCAAAAGAGGGUAUCAUACAUUCAAGAUAUAUAUGACCUCAUGAAGCUGCAAAUGCUUUGGUUGUGUACAUGUAAUCACAGAUGUUACUAGCUACUGUGUAGAGGCUUACAAUACAAAUUUUAGCAAUAGAAAUGGCAAUUGGGAACAAUAAAUAUUCAAAGUUUUGAAACCUGUAAAGCCAAUGAUCUAGUGGUUUUACUUUUUAGCAAUAGAAAUGGCACAUUGGUCCCUUUAUUUGGCAAAGAAAUUGAAAAACCAAAAUUUUGAAACCUGUAAAGCCAUGAUUUAGUGGUUCUACUUUUAAGCCUGCAAAGCAAUCAGAGCCAAAAUUAACUGAGAUCGAGCAAACUCGAUUUGAUAUUUUUGAAGAUGCUGUUUGUUUUUAAAAAACUUCUUAUU